UUUAAACCUAAAAUACUUUCACCUCUGAACUAAUUUCUGCCGUUCACCUUAGAAAAGACUCAUUACCGUUGAGAAAUUAAAUUUUUUUUUUUCAUUUCUACCAAUCCUACCCUUUUCUAAUUCCUGUGAGAGUGUUACUUCAGCAGCUCAGAAUUGCUGCACCAGUUCAGCUUCCUGCGCCACCACCUCAUGCUACCCACUUGGUUCUUCUCCUGAUUAAGGAAAUUGAAGGAAGAUGGAGUAUGUGAGCCCUGAAGGACUUCGCUUGGACGGUCGCCGCCCCAUGGAGAUGCGGCAAAUUCGAGCCGAGAUUGGUGCUGUUUCCAGAGCUGAUGGUUCUGCUAUUUUUGAGAUGGGUAACACCAAAGUGGUUGCUGCUGUAUAUGGCCCCAGAGAGGUCCAAAAUAGGAGCCAGCAAAUGAGUGACCAGGCUUUGAUUCGAUGUGAGUACAGCAUGGCUAACUUUAGCACUGGAGAUCGAAAGAGGAAACCAAAGGGUGACAGGAGAUCAACUGAAAUUUCUAUGGUUAUUCGACAGACUAUGGAAGCAUGCAUAAUGACACAUUUAAUGCCUCGUUCCCAGAUAGAUAUUUAUGUCCAAGUUCUCCAAGCAGAUGGUGGAACUAGAUCUGCAUGUAUCAAUGCUGCAACUUUGGCCCUUUCUGAUGCUGGGAUCCCCAUGUGUGAUCUUGUAACUUCAUGUAGUGCUGGAUACCUUAAUAGCACCCCUUUGCUUGAUUUGAACUACAUAGAAGACAGUGCUGGAGGUCCUGAUGUAACUGUUGGAAUUCUGCCAAAGUUGGAUAAAGUGACACUUCUUCAGAUGGAUUCUAAACUACCGAUUGACAUUUUGGAAAAUGUUAUGCAACUGGCAACUGAAGGCUGCAAAGCAGUUGCAAAUUACAUCCGUGAAAUUCUAUUGGAGAACACAAAGCAACUGGAGUAUCGACGGGGUGUAUAAUUCAGUGGCUGAAGUGAUGUGUCCUUUUUGCUAUCUACCUGGAAAUAUUUUGGCAUGUGGGUUGCCUGUGAAACAAGAAAUGCAGAGCUUGAUGUUAUAAAUUCAUUUUGUCUUUGUACUUUCAGUGUUCCCUAUAUUUUAGCAAAGUCUGAAUUAAAUGUUUGACUUAUUGACUGAAAGAAAAUAGAGAGAAUUAAAAGUUCCCCUGGA